AUGGAUGGCGGCGAUAAGAGCUCACAGGCGAGUCUAGAGCUGCGGAUACACACGGCUGAGCAGAGAAAGAGGGAGUAUUGGCGUUCGGCUCUGGCGAAUGCCUCCCUUAUUUUGAGCUGGUACUUCUUUUCGACGAUGAUAUCCGUCUACAACAAGUGGAUGUUUUCAACAGCGCACUAUAAAUUUUCUUAUCCCCUCUUCGUAACGUCGGCGCACAUGAUCAUCCAGUUCAUCUUCUCUGGACUCCUCCUUUAUUUUUGCGGCGAUCGCUUCAUUGCACGCAAGCCAAACGGGCAACGACCAAGGCCGAGCUUCCGGGAUUGGGCCUCAAAAAUCGCGCCUUGUGCGCUGGCGACUGCUGUCGACAUUGGCUUGUCCAAUCUGAGCCUUAAGACGAUCACGUUAACGUUCUAUACCAUGUGCAAGUCCUCGAACCUUGCCUUUGUCCUUCUCUUCGCCUUUCUCUUCAGAUUGGAAGUGAUCCGAUGGCGUCUUGUGGGAAUUAUCGCACUGAUCACGGCCGGCGUGAUCAUGAUGGUCGCAGCCGAGACGAAGUUGGUGCUGGUCGGAGCAGUGGAGGUCCUGACGGCCUCCGCAAUGGGCGGCUUGCGCUGGGCGCUGACACAGAUGCUCAUCGACCGUGAAGGCAUGGGGCUCAACCAUCCCGUUGCGACGAUCUAUUGGCUGUCGCCGAUCAUGGCUUGCGGCCUCGUCGGCGCGAGCCUUGCGUUUGAGAACUGGCACAAAAUCCUCGGCGGGCCUUUCUUCCACGGCGUCGUCCGCUCCUUGCGCACGUUGGGCCUGAUCACGCUGCCGGGCCUGCUUGCGUUCUGCAUGAAUCUCAGCGAGUUUGCGCUGAUCCGCCGUACCUCGGUCGUCACGCUCUCCGUCGCGGGUAUCUUUAAGGAGGUGCUGACGGUGAUCGUCGCGAGCACCAUCUUCGGCGACGAGCUGACACCGAUCAACAUCACCGGCCUGUGCAUCACCCUCAUCGGCAUCGGCCUGUACAACUGGCUGCGCUUCAGGAUACUCACCAAGAGCAGCACGAUACUACAGAGUGGCGCUCGGCAUGGGGGCGAGACAUAUGGGCAAUUGCCUGGCGGAGAGUUCUCCGAGCGCGCAGCAUUCGAGGUAGACGGCGGCGAGGAUGAGGUAGCAGGAGGUGCUGCAUCCUCGCGCUCCCACAGCCGCGCGCCGUCCAUUGCCAUGUCCGAGACACGCAUGGCCGACGCGGAGCUUAGCGAGGCGGAGAAGGAGCGCCGACGGAAACGCGAGGAGGAAGCGAAUAUGGCCGGCUGGGCGACGAGUGGUGAGCCUGCCAUGUGCUUCAGUCUGCUUUGUUCCGCAUAA